UAAAGGUCGAAUCAUACAGUAUCUCCAUUUAUAUAGGAUAAAGGAAUAAUAAAGAGCAAGUUUUUGCUUAGUAUGUCACGAUGUUUUUUUUAUUUCCAAACAAGAGCAAAACUUUCCAAAGGGAUGCUGGUGGACCAUGUCCCUUUAGCAAUUAUCUUCAUUAACGAGCUCGUCUUAGGAACACGUUUUUCUCUAUUUCAACAAAUUAAGAUUAAUGAGAUCAAGCAGGUCUACUAUUGUGAACUUUCAGAAAUAAUUAGGUAAAGACUGUGUUGACUGAAAAUUAAAAUCUUGAGCCUUUUAUAAGCAUGGAAGAAUUUUAUCACAGCUUUGUUGACUGAUUUGCGGUUUUCGAAAUUGUCUGCUGUCUGUAGUUUAGCCAUUUCUGUAAUAAGACCUCGACCGCACUGAUAUUCUUAGUUUUCGGAGCGGUUUAUAGACUGGUUUUCUUAAGCCCAUGAGACAGAGUGUAAAAGUCAAAGUGUUAUAAUGAGGGAAAUUGCGAAAAGAUAAAGCAAAACCUGCAGUUUAGUGAUGAACUUUGCUAUACGCUACGGUAUAUAGUGCAGUCAAAAAAUAAAAAUAUAAAAAAAAACAAGCAAACAAAUACAACAACAAAACAACAACAACAACCAAAUAUAACGAAAAAUUGUGAAAUAGAUAUUACAUUAAUACACCUUGGUUAGUACGCUUUGAUUGCAUUGUUUUCUUUUGUGUCUAGAGUGAAGUCAUUUAUAAACCCGUGAAACAAAGUUUGAGCAUUAAAGUGUGAUUAUCAAAUAGAAACACAAGAAAACAAUGCGAUUACAGCUUACAAAGCUAUAUUAGUGUGAUAUCUAUUUCACGGAUUUUUAACUUCACUCUGUAUUUAACUAUAUAUCACACUUAUUUAAGUUUUGYUUCACGGGAUAAGCGUAAAAUCAURAACUAUAAACAUAAUUUGAUUAUUAAAGUGUGACAAUUUUUGUAGCUGAUUUUCUUUACAACGCCUURAACGUGAAAUUCUGCGAUGAGAUCGGUGCCCACAUACAUGCACAAGCUUUGCUGUAUAACUUUACCAUCUGCACGCCGUCCGACGUUUAACUUCACAUUAAAUCAGAUACCAACCGUCCGUACAACUAAUCCUUUGCUUCAGGCAAAUAAUUUGGAUUACUCCAAUGGAUUAUAAACUGAAUAUCGCGAUUAAAAGUAAAUCCAGUAGUGAAGUUAUGAAGAUAUGUAGAUACGAAGUCAUAUGCAGUGAAUUACUGAGAAUUCGAUGGGAAACUACGUUUUGUAUUGCCUAGGGCUUGGUUGCUCGUAGAUAAAGUUAUCUAUACCUUAAUUCUGUAUUGAUUUCUUCCGCUUGUAUUCAUCCAAUAAAAAGCGCUCUUCGCUCUUCUUGAAGCCAGCACUAUGUUGUCCGUGUUUCAUAUGUUGAAAAACUUAACUUCAAAAGGAUCAUAUUGAAUUAUUUUCUAUGAAGUUUAUUGUCCAUACAAUCAUCCCAAAAAACCUUUUGCAUUAAAUGGUCACAUGGUACCAAGACUCUGUUUAGAUGAGAUAGGGUGCCCCUACGCGGUAGGGCUAACUCUUUUGUUUUCUUUUCCCUGGAGGAUUGAAAAGAAAGGAUUUUGGCCCUACCACUAGGGGCACCCUAUCCCAUGUAAACAGGACCUAAAUUCGCCAUACCGGAUGUAAAAAUACCCACUGGGAUGUUUACAACGAAGUAAAGUCAGCUUGACGGGAUGCGUUCCUUUUGAUUUUUAGGUUGUUUACAUUUAGUUAACAACCAGUAUGGCGGAUUUAGUACCAUGUGACCGUUUCAUGCAAAAGGACCAUCGAUUCAAAAUCCGUUUUGAAAUUGUUAACUCAGUCGAGGAAACCAGAACGAUUAAAAACGUAUUAAAAACGAUUAAAAGCGUUUUUGGGCGAUGGGGACGAUCAGGACGAAUAUAUAGGACACUCGACAUAAAGGAUGGUACUUGAUGUUGUUUCUAACAUGGAAGUGUCUAUAACUGGUGAAUGCAACAAUUAAUUGUCCGUUCUGGUUUUAAAAAGAAAGGCUUGUGUGGUGUUGUAGGGCUGACGGUAUCCUAUGUCCAGAGAAAGAUUCGUCUCGGUAUCCACAUGACUUUGGAAUAUUUUCAAAUGCAUGGAGAUACAUAUUGAUCACACAUGUGUCCCAAAAACAAUAAUAAAAUGAAAAGAAUUAAAAAAAAAUAAAAAAAAAUAAGCAAAAAACAACAACAACAACAACAGUAAAGGAGAAUUCCUGUUAAAGGAGGCGUGUUGGGUAUUUUUUUUACCAUUUUGCGAAGAAUCCGGGUCCCAAUUAGGUUUCUGUUAGGAAACAAGAAGAAUGAAAACCAAAUCAGUGGAAUUUAAUUCUGUUCUGUCGACAAUGUAUGGUAAUAAGAACUUAAGCUUUCAAGGAUUCUUCUAGAAUUAUUGUGUUCUUAAGUUUCUACAGAAAUAGYAYUUUCCAAGGCGGGAAAAUUUGUCUGUUUUGACUUAUCAGCUUACAGCUUACUUCCGAUCGUGCUAAAUAGCAUGAAAAUACUUUCUCUGACUUUUAUUCUAAAAAAAACACUAUAUCUUACUUAUUUUACCAAUUAAUUCAAUAUCCUUGAUUAGUUAUCUAUUAUUUUCUUAUCUGACUUAAACGUUUCCAUUGACACGAGAUAUUGUUUCCGGGACUCGCUGUGGACCUGGUCCCAACUUGUGUUGUAACGAGKCASUCAUUGGGGUCACGCAUUGACUCGGUAUUCAUUGAUAUCGUGAGAAAAAGAUAACUCGACAUAACUUAUCAGAGAAAUGCGUGGAACAGUUUAGCAGGCCAAAGUGUGUACAGUUAUGCUGAAUCCAACUAUGUCGUGGUUUCUAGGGUGUUUAAGUAGUUCUGCAUCUGCGAGCUCUUCUCCAGCUCGCUCCAGGAGUUCUCGUAAGGGGACUGACAGCACUGAAGAAAGUGGAGUUUUCUUUCGAACCCAGUACCUCCCGUCCGUUAGCUCCGAAAGUCAAGAUGCUCCUAAUCAUCGGAAUUCAGAUACAUUUGAAUCGACAUCUUCAAGAGAUACUUUUAUGUCCGAUUCUGAGGUAGAAUUCCUUGAAUGGGAUACAGAUUUAAUGGAAGAUGGCUAUUCGACGGGAGAUAACAUGGAGCCUCCCAAUAUUGACCUACARCCAAAUGAACUGGGGGAAAUAUAUGCUGGUAUAUUGUACAUUAGGGAGCAACCAGGUUGGCACAAGCGUUGGUUUGUGCUCACGGAAACCUGCCUCARAUGUUAUARAUAUAAAAGAGAUGACAAAAUGCUGUUUGAAAUUCCACUCCGUGACGCAAGGUUUGUCACUACGGAUCGUAAACGGAGUAGAAUGUAUGCGAUGACAUUGUCCAUAGCAAGGCUUAAAGAUGAUAUAACCUUUGCUACGACGGAUGAAAAGUCACGACACGAAUGGGUUUAUGUCAUUAAUCACGUAACGCAAAAGUUAGCUUCAGAAGAAAGUUGCUCUGCGAGCUCAGAGUCAAAUAUAAACAAAGCGAACGAACUUCCAAAUAAAGAUUCUCGGGAUAAUUCAGAUUUUGUAAACAGAAGAACGUGGCCGCUUGAAGGUGACAAGAACAUGGAUGUCGCAUUGGGCCAGUUAMGACUAGAUGGCGAAGAAGAAGCGACCGACUUGGAUACUACAUUGUGUCCUUCCCUCGCUCAAGAGGAGUCUUUUAAAGAACUUCAAGAGUGUCUACCAGACAUUCUAACAAGACCAAAAUCGAAAAGCUGGAAAGGUGAUUUAUCAAAGCCAAGUAAAGCGCAAGAAAAUAUCCAGUACCGUAAAAGUAUUUCAUUUAGCCCGACCGUUGAAUACCAAGGCAAUGAAGACUCAAGUUCCGUWCCACGUGUCAAGCGCCAUGGCUCAUUAGCAAACUCACUAACAAACAAGGCCGCACGCGUCAGAUCCAAGUURGCSACGUCCUUCUUCAAGAAAGGUAAAAAAGAUGAUAAGUCAAACCAAGAAAGCAGUUCCCAAAGUACAACAUUCUCAGGUUACCUUUUGCGCAAGAAGGGCAGCGUGUGGAAAAAUCGAUGGUGUGUUGUCAAAGACAACUCUCUUUACUGCUACAAAGACUUUGGUGCCAGUUUGCCUGAACUGGAACUUACCCUAGAAGGAUGCCGCGUAAAAUCGUUACCUGAAGGGGAGGGGGAGAAGCCUUAUUCGUUUGUUUUGAUGGCAGAAAAGGAGCAGUUGCUGUUUUCUGCGGAGAAUGACGCUGAACUGGAGGAUUGGUUGGAGGUUCUGGAGAAGGAAGUGGGAACUGGUGACGACGACGAAAUAGAUAUUUACCCAUUAGACAAAACCAGCCCUUGUACAGACACAUUAAUAUCACGUGACAACGAGCCAAAUGAGCUAGCAGCUGACACAAACUUCACAGAUAAGGACGUCAAAGAAUURCCGAAAGCAAUGAAGGAAAAGGAAUUAAAUAAAGGGAAUAAAGAGAAAGAAAAAGACACGGGUAAACGAUCUACCUUACUUGGAGCUAUUGCACAUAAACUUGGCAAGCAUUCUUCGAAGUAUAAGGAGACUCAUGACGACAAACUGGAUGGGAUAAGAAAACAAAUAGAUGAACUUGACAUAAAUACUGAGCAAAUCACAGAAAAUCGAAAUUCACUCGAAGAAAGCGGUCCUUCAAAGGAGGGAGUAAUAUAUUGUCAGUAUGGAGACAAAUAUGUUGAAUGCAAGUUAAGACUUUGCAAUCACAGGCUUGAGGUUGAACCUCAGGAGCAAUCAGUGGACCAAACAUUUCAGCCGACCCAGUUUAGACUGAUUAACUGUAUAGUACUUGACUGCAGUGACAGUGAAGGACCGCUGGCCAUGGUCGUUAAAAGAAAUAUUGGAGAACCUCUAUAUCUGCGGGCUCAGUCGUUAGAAGAAUUUCAAACGUGGAAAGACGCCAUCGAAGCUGCAAGUCUUACGACCCCRUCUUCCACUGAGCGUCUUUUAUCAAAUAGUUCCAGCAAUAAAGAAUACAGUAAAGAUGACAUUCCAAACCGUUUUAAAAUAUCUGGCGAUUCGAUAGACGGAGACGAUGUUUUUCACAGAGAUUCAGCACCUGAUCUUCACCCACCACAGAAAACAGUAACAUGUAACAAACGAGAUGAAAAAGCAGAUCCUAAGCUGAGCCAUAUAAGACGAGCUUAUUCCGCUGGUGGAAUUGAUAGGAUACGGUCUUUGCAUCAAGGCUAUUUGGUCUACUCGAAGAAAAAGCAAAGUCCACUUCGCCGUACAUUUUCCAAUGUCAUGAGUAGUUUAGAUCUAGCUCCUAAACAAAAACGUAGCAAAACCUUUGCAGGCCUUGGUAUCAACGCUGCUCUUCUCAUUGGUAUUAAGUAUUCGUCRUCAGUGUAUCUCCGAGUCACCAAGGAAUUGUGGGUGCAACGGUGGUGUGUUAUUCAGGACAACAAUCUCCACUUCUUCUUGAAUCCUGAUGAUUUGACACCAAAAAUAAGCAUUCAGCUGGCAGGAUGUUCAGUGGAGCCAGCCAACGUUAAAGGAAAGAACUUUACGUUUAAAUUGUCGUUACCAUCAGAGAAAACAGAUUUUUACUUUGCAGUCGACAGUGAGCAAGAGCGCUWUGAAUGGAUGGAGCUGUUGCGAUUGGAGGGGCAAAGAACCAAAAAUGAGAGCGACGCAGAUCAUCUAAAUGGCUUUCUUUUAUCUAAAGUGAAAAGUGARAGUAACAUUGGGCCGACGAUGAUCACCAAUAGUGUUUCAGAGUCCAACCACGAGGGAAAAGGGUUGCAUAGUAUGUCACAAUCACUAAUGGAACUGCGUAAAAUCGGUCAACAAGGCAAAGAAAAUUCAAACGACAAAAAYGGAGAUUCAAUCAAAUCUUCUGGUGUCAUUACCCAAAGGCCGACAUCUCUGCAAGAAGUUCUUCAACUUCUUCAAGAACAGCARCUCAUGCAGAGCAUGGGACACCAAAGAUAUGUACGYGUGAAAAAAGCCCGUGGAAAYUGGAAGAAAUCUGCUGCAGCUGUUCUCAAAGACGCACACUCCAAUCCAGAAUCCCCCGAAGCACCAAGGAAAGGAAUYUUAAAAUCAAACGAGGAAAAUCGAGAGAUCGCUGAACCUGAAUUGACUGGAAAGCCACGAGGCGCAUCAACAGGUUCAGUACAMUCCAAUGAGCUUAAUGAAGCCUUCUCGAAUUUUGAAACCUCAGAAGAAUAUUUAGGUAAACGAGCAGARGAGGAAAARCUCAAGGCKGUUAAAACAGARACUCUGCURCGAAAGCGUAGAAAYUCUUUAAACUUGGAGAAAGAGGUUUUGGAGAAAAAACUGGGAAAAGAAGAAAAAAGAGAUAAGAAAACUGGAGUGAAGAAACUUUUAGGAAAAGAGUGUCCAAAAGAUAACGAAGAGAUCAUCCGAACUAAGAAAAGACUGGAUGAGAUUAAUUUAAAACUGGCAGACGUUGAUCAUGACAUGCAGGAAAAUAAAACAAAGGAAGCAGCCGUUAUGGAGAACAUUACAGUAUUAAAAACAAGAACGCUACGGAAAGGAUCAACAUCAGGAGAAAACUUGAUGGCAGAYCAAGCUUUUCGAUCAAUGCUCGACGAAAAAAGAUCAAARUAUCGUGAUUCUCCGACGGGAUCAACGUCUUCGAGAGACUCAUUUGAAGACAAAWCCGACGUYUACCGACCAGCUGAACGAUCAUCCUCCCUUCACCGAAARGGCUCCAGGAAUAAAACCAGCCAAGCAUCAUUGAAAGCUUUGGAAGAAGAAUUACUUAAGAUUUCUCCGCAACCUCCAAGAAAGAAGAAACACAGUAUGGUAAAGCGAGUUUCAUCGUCMUCUGAAGGAUCAAUCGAAGAUUUUUCUCACAGAAUAUCRCCUUCGAACAAUCGUCGUGCUUCUAAUGAACCUUCCACAAAUAAUGCUCUGUCUCAGUCACAUGAUAAGCUGUAUGGCUGGGAUAGUCUUGAUGUURGAAAGGCMAAGSUGACUGGUUCGCCACAGACAUCGACUAAAGGGGAGUUACGMCCUGGUGUGUUACCAAGCUCCAGUGGGRCCACUCUUGACGUUGUKGAUGGCUCAUCUGAKUCUCAUUACCCGAACGCUGGAGAGCACAGACCAAGUUUGAUCACAGCUUUAUCUCAAAUUAAGGAUUUCGAGGAGUUUCUUGAGAUCAACCGCCGGCGAUGAAAGAGUUUAUAACUAAAGUCAUCUCACAGAGAAUAUAUUUUAUACAUAAAUGAAUAUAUUUUAUAUUAUAAAUAUGAUUAUUGAUUUUCUGAUAAUCGAUGUAUUUCAUAUAUUUAUGAUCUGUAUAAUAUGGGAAUUCUAUCCCUAUGAUAAUGUUGAUACUAAUCUAUUGCUCUUUUUACACUCGUUUUUUUCAUCAAAUAUAAGUUAUCGUCAUAAAGCAUGUGUACUUCGGAAAAUUAYAGCAAAAACAUUUGCAACGCACCCUAUAAAUUUGGAUUUUGUGUUUUGCUGCGAAUCGAGGUGGAGUUUCAACCGAUCAAUCAGCUUCUUUUUAAUACAAAAUUCAUCAGUAAAAAAAGAUUUGUAUGCAAAUAUAUAUGAAUUAAUGUGGUUUGAAAGCGUUUUUAAACUAAUUCGCCAAAACAAACAAAAUCCACCAAACGAAUGUCAAAACCUCKUGGUCGUAAUGCAACUUAGGGUUUUCGCUGUAAUCCUAAACGUCAUCUGAAACGUUAGAACCGUUUAAGUAAUUUUUGUGUCUUCGUCAUCGGUUCUUAUCUGUCAUCUUUUCUUACUUAUAUAAAUCCAGAAUCCUUAUCAAAAUAUUUUUGAACAUAUUACCAAUAUUUUCAAGGAUUGCGCAUUAUAUUGUGUUCUACAAACAAUAUUUUUUAGCACACCUUGUUUUAAAGGUCAACACUCAAUCACUUUUAUGUACUUAUAUGGUCAGUGUAUCAUUGUAUUCGGCUGUAAAUUUAUUGUACAAUUGRAGAAAAUUAUAUCAUAUCGCCUAUAGAAUUAUACUUUGCUAUAAUCAAUGAAUAAAUGUAAUAAAACAAGUUCUGUUGA